CUGAGGCUCGGUGUGUUUCACCUGGUUAAUCCGGGAUCAGCCGCGGGCAGGCAGCUGACAUUUCUCCGCAGGAACCGACUCAUCCGGCGGGCCGCCGUCAGGAUCCACGCCGGGCUCUGGAGCGGGUUUCCCGGCGCUGGAGCGUCCCCUCGGCCGGUGUCUGAAGUGUCGUCGCUGUCGUUGUCGUCCGAACCGCAAAAUGGGUCGAUAUCGUUCUGUGCGUCCAGCUGAUUAGUUGAAUCACUGCAUGUCAACACCGAAACUACAAACACUACUUCCGGUGGCCGGAUUUUUCAAAAUAAAACCAACAAAUGGUUCAGCCUGGAAGCCUCUGAGGCUAAUAUAAGCUAACAGUUUGAUUAUUAACACUCUUCUGAGGACAUCCAUCUCUCCACACUGCGUUCAUUUUAAAGUUUAACUCAAGAAGACACGAACAUUAAUCACACUUCCGCUACUGCGUCAUCUGCCGCUGAUUGGUGCGUCACUGCAUCAGUCAGAGGGCGGGAGCUCAAGCUCGGCUUUGAUUGGCUGUUGGAUCAGGUGGGCGGGGCGUUGACGCAUAACGGACGCUGCCUUCUUUAAGCUAAGCUAACGCUGCUAACGAGCAGGUCAGAUAAAACAGCGUCUCUUUAUUUUUGCAAAGUAAUGUUUAUCUAAUGGUUAAAAUAUUAAAUCUUUAUUUUAAAUUUAAAAAACUUGCGACGCGGGUUAAAAUGGCGACUCCACCGUGUAAGAAGCCCUGCUCUGAUUGGUUGCCUGGGAUUGUUUAAAUGUUGCUAUUGGCUCCGGAUGUUUUGACAGUUUACUUCCGGGUUGCUGCUGAGUCGCGUGGAGCUCCUGUUCUCAGUCCGUUUACAUUAAACCUCUCAGGCUUUUAUUUGUUCGUUAAAGGUUAGUGAACCGACCUGAGAGCACUUCCGGUUCGGUUUGACCCGGUUUGCAGGAUGGCUGAGGCUGCUCCUCCGGACCAGAGGCAGAGCAGCAGGAGUCCAGAGGAGGAGCAGGAGGAGGCCGGCAGAGGAGCAGCUCACAGCCAGGUGAUGGACAGGUGUGUGCACGCGCUCACACAGGCUAACAGCGACAGUCAGAGGUUAGCUGCCCUGCUGCUGAUAACCCGCCUCUGCCCGGCCCCCCAGCUGGACCGACCCACCCUGAGGCGGAUCUUUCAGGCCGUGGGUCUGGACCUCCCAGCCCGGCUCCUGGUGACGGCGGCCCGGGGAUCCGACGGUUCUGGUUUGGCCCCCCAGGACCUGGUCUCUCUGGGCACGGCCCUGCUGGCCGCCCUGAGUGCUGACCCGGACCUGGCCUCCCGUCCCCAGCUCCUCAGCACCGUGCCCCUCCUGCUGGGCAUCGUCUCAAACGGGUCGCUGCAGAACCGAGYGGGGACAGAGACAGAGUCCGUUAAGGACGAGGACAGCGGUGGUUCUGGUUCUGGUCCAGAAGGAUCGGCCUCUCAGGACGCGGGUCUGGAUGAAGCCGUGGCUGCAGACUGCUACCAGGUUCUGACGGCCGUGUGCCGCUCACCAACAGGUCCAGACCAGCUGCUGAGCAGGGGGGCCGUCCCAGCUCUGUGCCGGGCUCUGGACCAGAACCGGGCCCUCAGCCAGCAGAGGGGUCUGGCCCUGCUGGGGGUCCUCCUGUCUGACAGAACCAAAGACAGAGCCUGGAGCAGGCACCCUGAGGAGCUCCUGGCUCUGCUGCUCCGCCUGGCCCAGGACUUCUGCCGGGCCUCCGACCCGACCCGCCUGGGGCUGUGCUCCCAGCUGGUUCUGUUCCUGCCCCCGGCAGGAGCCGUGCCCAGGAGCCAGGAGCCGAGGAGGUCCGUGAGCCAGGUGUGGGCGGGGCUCAGGCCUCUGCUGCAGGCCCGGUUAACACCCACACAGAUCGGGUCGGUUCUGGUGCUCGGCGCCUGCUUGUUGGAUCUGCUUGGGUGGGAGCCGGUGGGACCGCCCAAGUUCUGCUCCCUGCUGGUGAACCGGGCCUGUGUGGAGGUCCGGAUGGGUUUGGAAGAACCACCUGGGACAGGUCUGAGCCCGGAGCUGCAGCAAACCCUCACAGGAUGUUACCGGAUCAUGGAGGCGGCUGUGGAGCAGGCCUGCACCGAAAGGGGCGUGGCUCCUCCUGGCUCCUCCCCCCUGCCUGCUCUCAGUCUGCAGCAGAGCCAGCAGGUCCUGCGGGUCCUGGAGGAGGCCUUCUCUGCCGUCAUGUUCUACCUGCAGCAGGUGGAUCCCAUUCGCUACAACGAGCCUUUUGUGUUUGCCACGUUUCGCUCGCUGUGCUCGUGGCUGGCUGAGGAGACUUCCUGUCUGAAGCAGGAAGUGACCGGACUGCUGCCCUUCCUGAUUGGCUACGUGCGUCGCCACCUGCAGGCCGGGAGCUCUGAGCAGGACCUCUCUGAUUGGAUGGUCAGGAUGUCCGUCGGUAAGGAGGGCGGGGCCUGGACGGGCCAAGAGCCUCUCAGGUAUCUCCUUCCUGCUCUGUGUCACCUGUCAGCUGAAGAAGGACCCAGGAAGGUUCUGCUCAGCCUGGGAACCCCGGCACUGCUGGUGGACUUCCUGCUUCACACCUGGACCUGUGUGAAGGGGCGGAGCCACACAGCAUCCACCAGAGAUCCCAGCAUGGAGACGGCGUGCUCCGCCCUCCUCAACUUCACUGUCACCGAGCCGGAGAGGGUCAGGCAGGACCCCAGUUUCAGGACCCUGGAGGCCCAUCUGAGUGAAGCACUUCCUGUUUUGGUGAAUAAGCCCCGCCUCCUGGUCCUGGCAGCAAAUUAUGUCACUUUAGGGCUGAUGAUUGGCAGGCUGCAGUCUCCGCCUUCAGGCUCGGUUGAUUCAGCACAGAGACGCUUCUUUUCUUCGGCUCUCCGGUUCCUCCGUGGUGCCCUGCAGUCUGGUCCUGGUCCUGGUCCUGGUCCUGGUCCUGGUCCUGGUCCUGGUCCUGGUCCGGUCCAGGUGAGCCCCAGCUGGGAGCAGGACUGGGACGAGGCAGCAGAACUCUGGCGUCUGUCCCUGCAGGUCCUGGGAGACCGUAUCCGGGUCCAGCCGUGGAUCAUGGGUCCGGUCCGAGACGAGGGCUGGUUCUCACACACCGUCUCAGUGCUGGCCCAGAGCAGCGCCCUGCCGGACCAGAACACCCAGGAGGUUCUGGAGCAGGUCCUGUGUGCCGCCGUGGAGCAGUGCUCCGUCUGCCAGCAGGAGGUCAGAGACCUGAUGAAGAGGAGCGACGUAGGAGCUCUGAGCAGGAUGAGCCUCCUGAAGGAGGCGCUGGGACUGAACUGAUGUGGGACUGAAGACCAGACUGGGUCUGACCUGGUCCAGCUGGGUCCAGCUGGGUCCAGCUGGGUCUGACUGAUGGUUUUAUUUUUACACUUUGAAUAAAAAGAUCCAGAUUUAUGUUGAAUAAAAUAAAUUUUUUAUUUUAAACCAAA